AGGAAGUCCCUACUAAAAAUACCCCGACGUCAGGCUAAAGAAACGACCUGUCUGAAGGCGGACAAAUUUUAGGAUUUCAUGUGUAUGUCAAUGAGUCUUCGGAAACAUGUCGGAACAGAGGGGAAACAACUUGACCUAUGAACGUACACUUUCGCUUUUAUCUCUAGUUAUUGUUUUGAUCAGCUCCACCAACUCUGUUGCUUUAGGUGUAGAGACAGGGCAGGAGGCAGAGACUUACAACAAAUACUACAAUUAUGAGGAACUAACUGAUCUUCUCAAAAGUCUUGCACAGAAAUACACAAACAUCGCAAAUUUGAACAGUAUUGGGAGAUCCGUUGAAAGUAGAGAGCUGUGGGUCAUGAGAAUCACCAAGGACCCCACUGCUGAUGUACCUGGAAAGCCCAAAUUCAAGUACGUGGGCAACAUGCACGGAGACGAGACCGUGUCCCGGCAGGUUCUCAUCUAUCUACUGGAGCACUUGCUGGUGGGGUACGGCGACGAUCCGCGGGUCACCGAGCUGGUCAACAGCACGGAUAUUUAUAUCAUGCCGAGCAUGAACCCUGAUGGAUUUGAGAGGUCUGUUGAGGGGGAUUGUGUGGGCAGUGUUGAGGGUCGCUAUAACGCCAAACACAUUGACCUCAAUCGAAGUUUCCCUGAUCAGUUUGAAAAUAUACUCGUGAAUGUAGAAGAUAUUCCUGAAGGCACUGCUGUCAUGAGGUGGAUACUGGAGAACAAAUUUGUCCUCUCUGGGAAUCUCCAUGGUGGUACUGUGGUGGCUAGUUAUCCCUAUGAUGACUCUGCAUCACAUGAUGUCGAAGGCACCUAUAGCAGGUCUCCCGAUGAUGCUCUAUUCAGAUACUUGGCACGGGUUUACGCAGAGAAUAACCCUGUCAUGAAUACGGGGCAGCCGAAAUGUGAUGAAAGCUUAAGUGAGACCUUCAAGCAUGGCAUUACGAAUGGAGCAAAGUGGUAUGAUGUGACAGGGGGAAUGCAGGAUUACAAUUACAUGAAGGGGAACUGUUUGGAAAUCACUAUGGAGCUCAGCUGCUGCAAGUACCCUCCCUCAUCACAACUAAAAACAGAAUGGGACAACAAUCGGGAGGCCUUGCUUGCCUACAUGGAGAAGAUUCAUAUCGGAGUACGUGGCUUUGUCAAGGCAGCCAGGAUUGGAUCCCCUCUUGCAGAUGCAGUGAUAUUGGUGGCAGGCAUUAAUCACAAUGUGAGCACUGCACGUUUUGGUGACUACUAUCGGCUGCUGCUGCCUGGCACCUACAACAUCACAGCCUUAGCCCCAGGCUACAUUCCAGUGUCUGUGGUUGGGGUGGAGGUGAAAGAGGGCAAAGCCACUGAACUGAACUUCACCCUUGCGGCCGAGACUGAUGAGAAUCUUUCCACUCCUUCAAUCCCAGAAUCCCCCACUGCCACCUCUGUGAACAGUGCGAGUGCAGACAGCAGCAGUACCGGUGUAAAUGAUGACAGUCUGGAAGAAACGGACAAAGAGCAGAGUUCCAGGCUUUUGGUCCAGCCCCAGGACUUCCGCCAUCACCACAACAGCGACAUGGAGCUGUUCCUGCAGAAGUUCAGCUCUGAAUACAGCUCCAUCACACGGCUGUAUUCUAUCGGCAAGUCCGUACAGGGGCGUCUCCUGUGGGUCAUGGAGAUCUCCGACAACCCUGGCAUACAUGAGUUAGGUGAACCAGAGUUUAAGUAUAUUGGAAACAUGCACGGCAAUGAGGUGGUUGGGCGGGAGCUGCUUCUCAACCUCAUUGAGUACCUGUGUCGUAACUAUGGACAUGACCCUGAGGUCACCCAGCUUGUCAACUCCACGCGAAUCCACAUCAUGCCUUCUAUGAACCCGGAUGGUUAUGAAGUGGCCCAAGAAGGAGAUAUCAAUGGCAUCCGUGGGCGUAACAAUUCUAACAAUUUUGACCUGAACCGCAACUUUCCUGACCGGUUCAGCCUUGUCACUGAUCCCCGACAGCCAGAGACCAUUGCAGUCAUGAACUGGGCAAAGAGCUACCCAUUUGUGCUGUCUGCCAACCUGCAUGGAGGCUCUUUGGUGGUGAACUAUCCAUUUGACGACAAUCUUGAGGAUGUUAUCAGAUACAGCAAGUCUACUGAUGAUAAUGUAUUCAAGAUGUUGGCUCUCGCUUAUUCUCAGGAAAACUCACAAAUGCAUGAUGGUCACCCCUGUAAGGAUAUGGAACCAUACCAAGAGUAUUUUCAAGAUGGCAUCACCAAUGGUGCUGCAUGGUACAAUGUUCAUGGGGGAAUGCAGGACUGGAAUUAUUUGAACACUAACUGCUUUGAGGUGACCAUUGAACUGGGCUGUUAUAAGUACCCACCAGCAGCAGACCUGCCAAAGUACUGGGAGCAAAACCGUCAAUCACUUCUGCAGUUCAUCCAUCAGGUCCACCGUGGAGUGAAAGGAAUGGUGAUUGACAGCAAAGAUGGGUCUGGCAUCCCCAAUGCGACCAUCACCAUGGACACGAUCAAUCACCCCAUAACAUCAAACAUUGCAGGGGACUACUGGCGCAUACUCAAGUCAGGACCAUACCACCUGACUGCCUCUGCCCAAGGCUACACCUCAGUUAGUACCUAUGCCUAUGUGCCUGAAGAUGGAGUAGAGAUUGUUAAUUUCACACUGACCCGGAUUCACAGCAGCGCAAAUGGGCGGACAAUUGAAGAUGCCACCCCAAUACAGGAUCCCAACGUGAAGGAGUUACAGAGCCUUAUCAAGCAACUUUCAGGAGAAUCCGGUCUAGAUGAGCUGAUCAAGAACACUCCCACCCAGAGCAGCUUUCGCUACCGACGAUACAGCGAAAUUUCUGAGUUCCUGCGUGGACUCACCUUAAACUUCCCAGAGAUUACCUCACUUCACAGUCUUGGUCAGAGUGUGGAGUUUAGAACUGUCUGGGCUCUGGAGAUCUCCAACAACCCCAAAGUCCAGGAACCAUCUAAGCCCAAGAUCCGGUUUGUGGCAGGCAUCCAUGGCAAUGCCCCAGUGGGCACUGAGCUGCUUCUGGAGUUUGCUGCCAGUCUCUGCAUCAACUAUGGCAAGAAUGCAGCCAUCACCAGGCUAAUAAACGAAACCAGAAUUGUUAUCCUGCCCAGCAUCAACCCAGAUGGGCGUGAACUGGCGAAAGAGAAUGACUGCGCCUCCACUGCUGGCAUGACCAACGUGCGCGGCAAAGACCUUGACAAUGACUUCUUCCGUAAUGCUUCUCAGCCUGCAGUAGAGACUCAACCUGAAACACGUGCUGUAAUGGACCUGAUACAGGAACGAGGUUUCACUCUCUCUGUGGCUCUGGAUGGAGGCUCUUUAUUGGUCACAUACCCAUAUGACAAACCGGUGCAAUCUGUUGAAAACGAGGAUACAUUAAGAUACUUGGCUACUGUGUAUGCCAGUCACCAUCCCAUAAUGCACUUGGGCAAUACUGGAUGUCCAAACAGCAGCCCAGUGGGCAACAUUCCUGAUGGUGUACUCCGAGCAGCUGAGUGGCACAGUCACAUGGGCAGCAUGAAGGACUUCAGUGUGGACUUUGGUCACUGUCCCGAAAUCACUGUCUACACCAGCUGCUGCCUGUUCCCAUCGGCUGAAAAGCUGCCAAUGCUUUGGGCCGAGAACAGAAAGUCUCUGCUGAGCAUGCUGGUGGAGGUGCACAAAGGAAUUCGUGGAGUGGUCAAGGAUAAGAAUGGUAAGCCCAUUGUAGGCGCAAUGAUAGUGUUGAAUGGUGGUGUGCGAGUCUUCACCAGUGAGGGAGGAUACUUCCAUGCGCUUCUAGCCCCAGGUUUACACAACAUUGAAGCAGUAGCUGAUGGCUACCAGCAACAGUCCCAGAAGGUGUCUGUGUCACCGUUUGAAGCAGCAAGUUUCAUAGUCAUUGAGUUCGACAUGGAGAACGAGAUAUUUGGCCUUCCAAGAGAAUUAGUAGUGGCAAGUGCAGCUGCAGCAAUGACGGCCCUGGUAGUCACAGCUUGCAUUAUCUGGUGCGUUUGCUCAGCCAAGUCAAACAGACACAAGGAUGGAUUUCAUCGGCUGCGACAGCACGGAGAUGACUACGAUGAUGAGAUCCGUCUCACAUCUAUGGGCUCCAAAAAGUCUCUUCUGAGCAAUGAAUUUCAAGAUGACAGUGAAAGUAAUGAGGACACACUAUACACUAACAAACUUUGAGCCAUGACUGCGCCCUCUCCUCCCCUGAAUCUGUCCACUGCCCGCAGUCCCACUAGAGGGCGCUCAGCUUAACAGCCUGCAUUAUAAUCGUCCAAACCGUUUAAACCAUGAAAACCACCAUGAGAUGCACUUAAAUGCCCUAGUUAAAUCGGGCAACUGUUUUGCACCAUAGUGUAUGCAACUAACCACUGUUCAACCUGCUCUCAACCAGCCUGCUUAUUCAUCUGGGUCUAUAUUAUGCGAGUUCUCCACCCUUUAAAUUGAAAAUUGAAAAUGCAUAAAUCUCAACAGGAUUAUGAAACACUGUGCCUUGUUAGAUUAGUGGUUACGUAUUGGCUGCUGUUGAAAUGUGUGAAUGAGGAUUUUGUUGUAUAAAUGGAAUCUUCUCCUUUUGCUUGGACUUGAGUCAACAUUAAUUGAUCCAUCUCAUAAUCUGUUUUUCAAUAUUCAUAGACAUCAGUUUUGUUUUGAAAAAACAGAUACGGACUGCUGCGUGAUUUCUCUUUAUCUGCAGUAAUGACCAGAGUGGUCCAAAACAUUUCACAUCAUCAAAAUGUUUUUCAUCCAAUUAAAGGGAUAGUUCACCCAAACAUUUUAAUUUGUCUUUAUUUACUCAUCCUCAUGUUAUUCCAAACCGUACUUUCUGCGUGGAACGCAAAAGAUGAUAUUAGGCAGAAAGACAGCCUCAGUUGGCAUCAACUUUCAUUGCAUCUUUGUUCCCUAUAAUCAAAGUGAAUGGUGACUGAGGCUGGAACGACAUGAGGGUGGGUAAAUGUGACAGAAGGUAUGUAAUUUGAGCAUGUAUACAUUUCUCACAGUGGCUCAGCGUUAAAUGUCACAGACUGUGAGACUUCUAGUUUGCCAUACAUAUCAACAGCUUGUUAGACAUACAGGAUUUAAAUACUUUUUACAUUAAGCAAUCCAUCAUUACCGGAUUCUAUUUAUCCAGAAGCACAUUAUUUGUAUAGAUAAUGUAUUUUAUAUGUUGAUUGAUAAACAUGCUCAUCCACUGCCUUGCCAUUUCUCUACCAUUAUUUUGGCUUUCAGGGAUAUGGUGAAGCAUUAAUAUCUCCAACCCCCAAAGUGUUUCGUUUUUCUUUAAUGUUCACUCUUGAAAAUGCCAUCCCUAUUCCAUUCAUUUGAAGUCAUUUUAGUUUCUACAUCCAUCCAAUGCAAAAUUUAUUUUGCUUACUGUCUCUCAGGCAUCCUAAAAUGAUUGGAAAAAAAUUCAGUGCUGUACAAACCUUUGUUGUUGACAUGGAUAAAUGUUGUGUGCAAUUCAGGAAACAAGAAGAGGAGAAACAUACAUUGUAUGUUUAUGCAUCAGUAGAGUUGGAAAGUGCUGAAUGUCUCUGUAUCCUGCAUCUGCAUUUCCAUAAAGUCCACAGUUGCCUGUUUGAUUGAAACACUGAUCAUCAUCUGGGAACAUGCUAAUCUAAUAUUUCUUUUUUAGUUUCCCUGUGUUGUGUGCACCACAGUGAGUUUCUUGAACGUAAAGAUGAGAUUUUGUUGAGUGUGUGUCAAUAUAGUGUUACUGAGCAAUCUGAAACCAGCAGAGCAACCUGCAAGUACUGCCAACUAUGUGCAGGCAGGUUUUCAAUUCCGUUUGUUUCUGACAAAUUUCUUAUCAAUUUAUCUGAAACGUUGUUUAUGUUCUCCCCUCUUGAAGUAAAAUAUAAUAAUUGGGAUGGAGAAGAUGAUGCUUUGACCUUGUGCUUUUAAAAUGGAAAAGCAAGAAACACCCCAUUAAACACAGGAGGUGUCACACUUUAAAGGGCUAGUUGUUCAGACAAAAAUAAAAUUUCAUUUCCUCACACUCAUGUUGUUCCAAAACAGAUUUUUUUCUGUGGAACACGAAAGGAUAUUUUAAAGAUAAAAAGAUGUUGUGAAAGUGCAUGGUGAAUGAGGCUGUCAGUCCCCAACAUUCUGCCUUUCGGAAGAAAGAUGAGUGAGCAAGAGAGUGAUGACAGAAUUGCCCAGACUAUCUCUUUAAUGUUAGAUAAAAAUUUUGUGUAAUUCAUAUCAUGGCUGUUCCAGAUAAAUCAUCCUUACAAGUCAAAUGAUAAUAACUGGGAGGAUUAUAUUUACAUGAUUUGAUUAGUAAUUGACCCCUUUACAAAUCUGGAUUUGGCUUGAUGUUGAUUGUCAUGCUUGAAUGUAAAUUACUGGGUAUGUUUGAACAAAUGUGUUUAACUUUUGUAUGUUUGAGCUGAUGUUUCCCUUCUUUUUUAUAAAAUAAUGAUUGUAGAUAGUAAAUUGUUGCCAACUACAUGUACAUUACACAAGUGCAAUUUCUGUCAAGUGUGAAAAAACUGUGCAAAAGAAAUUAAAUGACUUUCUGGUGAUAUGGGAUGUAAAUAAAACUGAAAUGGUUCUGAAUAUUUGAUUAGCAUCAUUUUUAUCAAGGAUUUGACAUUGGCCUUCAGAACAGCUGAUGGAACAGCACAGUCUUACUCUAUAGCAGCAUUACCAGCACUUCCUAACCUUGAUCCUGGAGUACCCUAGUACUACACAUUUUGGAUGACCUAAAAAUGAAAAUGGACACUUUUUCACAUAUCUGGAUUGUGUAGCAGUGAAUG